CUGGGCCACAGUUCAGUUUGUUUUUUACGCAACAGCCCCGGACUCGCUUCACUCCUGCAGAGUCAAGGCAGAACCUGUUAAGCAGAGAUGGCUGAUCUAAUGGAAAAUGAGGUAUUUAGGGCUUUCACCACCUAUGCUGCCGUUGUCAUUGUGAAGAUGAUGCUGAUGGGUCCCUUGACUGGAUACUUCCGCUUCUCCAGAGGGGCUUUCUCUAAUGAGGAAGAUGUUGGCAGAAAGUCUGCAGAGGAGAAGAAGAAGAUGCUGAGAACCCAUCCAGACGUGGAGCGUGUUCGAAGGUGUCACAUGAACGACCUGGAGAACAUUAUUCCCUUCGUGGUGAUCGGCCUCCUCUACGCCCUGACCUCACCUGAGCUUUCAACUGCUCUGCUUCACUUCCGCAUCUUUGCCGGAGCGCGGAUCUUCCACACUGUCGCCUACGUCGGCGUUCUGCCUCAGCCCAGCAGGGGUCUGUCCUGGAUCCUGGGCAUGCUGGUCACCUUCUCCAUGGCUUACAGGGUGCUCAGCACAGUUCUCCUCCUGUAGACAUGACACUGGACCAGUGGACCUGAACCUGUUCUCUUCCAUUUGUCACUUCUGCUACAUGUUUCUACGAGCUUCAUUAUUAUCGAUACUUACCAUUUAUUCAUUGCAUUCCCUUUGACUUGCCAAAAUUAUGAAUUGGAAAUGUAUUUUUAAUAAACUUUACUAUCAAA